AGACUUGCUAACUACAGCGGUGUGUUUUUAGCCGCCUACUGUUUUCAGGCCGUGCGGUGAACUCGCGCAUGGUGUGGUGCGUGUGGUUUAGAAUGUAGUGCCAUCUACGUGAGGUUUUUGGAGGCUCUGAUUCGGGCAAAGCACGUGGCCAAAAAGAAAGUCGGGGGACACUUCCAAUGCUGAAAAAAAGACACCAUCCGAGACAUGUAACCGAAGAAAAUAUGAUCCCAAACACGAACCCACAGCUAGAGUAGACCAGAAAGAGAGGAUGCUGGUGCUAGAGAGAGAGGACCUGAUGUUGAUCAUGAUAAUCUGAGCCCCUCGCUCGCUCGCUCGCUCUUGCGUUAAAGGAUUCCUCUUUUUCUUUCUGUAUGUCUGUCUCAAGACUCGAAUUUUUGUAGCUUCUUUUUAAGGCCAAGCUCGCUGAAAGCACUUGAUGUACAGCAGAACAAAAUGGCUGCUGGUGAGGGCCCCAUCAAUGUUCAUGAUCACGGUACAGCUCUUGAUAAGAAACACUUUAGAGUCCAAUGUAAUUAUUGUGGUAAAGUGGUCAGCGGUUUCUUCCGCUUGAAGUGCCACUUAGGAGGUAUACGAGGUGAUGUUACCCCUUGUGAAAAUGCUCCUCAAAACGUGAAGGAACUGUUUAACAAAAGUUUACUUGAAAGGAAAACAGAGAGUUUUUCCAAGGAAGUUGGGGAUCCCCAUCACCCAAAUCUUCCUCGGAAGAGGAAUUGUUAUCCUAACUGGAACAGUGACCAGCAUAAUAAGCAUGAGACCACUCAAAAUGGUGGUUCUUGUUUUGCGAGGCAUGUUGACAUGGACUCUGCCCCGGAAGACAAUCUGACAGACGGUGCUACUUUUUCCAAUGGUGGUAUAGGUUUCCAACGAGCCAUACGUUGUGAAACAAUAAAAGAUGCAUUAUCAAUGCAAGCCCAAAAAAGCAUUGCUAGAUUCUUCUAUGAAACGGGUGUAGAUUUCAGUGCUGCUAAUUCUGCUAGCUUUAAAAGAAUGAUAAAUGCGACACUAGGUCAUGGUCAGACAGAGUAUGACGUCCCUAGUUGUCAGGAACUAAAAGGCUGGAUGCUUCAAGAUGAGGUGAAGGAGAUGCAAGAGUAUGUGAAGAAGAUUAGGCAUUCAUGGGAAAGCACAGGGUGUAGCAUACUGUUAGAUGCAUGGGUUGAUGAAAAGGGCAGACAUCUGGUUAAUUUUUUGGUGGAUUGCCCUCAGGGUGCUGUUUAUCUUCGAUCAUCUGACGUUACAUCUUUCAUUGGUGAUGUUGAUACCUUACAGUCGGUGUUGGAUGGAGUUAUUAAGGAGAUUGGAGUUGACAAUGUAGUUCAAGUGGUGGCAUGUUCCACAAAGGGUUGGGUCGGAGAUGUGGGCAAACAAUUCAUGGAUAAGUGCAAGAGAGUUGUCUGGACCGUGAGCGCAUCUCAUUGCAUUGAGCUUAUGCUAGAGAAGAUUGGGAUGAUUGAGUCUAUCAGAGGGAUAAUAACUAAAGCCAAGACCAUUACGAAGUUUAUUUAUGGCCAUGAAACUCUUUUGAAUCUUUUGAAGAAAUAUACUCUAGGCCAUGACAUAAUCAAGCCCUCCAAAACAAGACCAGCAAUGCCCUUUCUGACUCUAGAGAAUAUUGUAUCCGAAAAGCAGCAUUUAAAGGAUAUGUUUGCCUCAUCAGAUUGGAAGACAUCAUUUUGGGCUUCUAGAAUAGAGGGUAAGAGGGUAGCUGAUUUGGUGGGAGACCAAACUUUCUGGAAUGGAGCUGAGAUUGCCUUGAAGGCAACAAUUCCACUGGUGCGUGUUUUAUGCUUGAUCAAUCAGGCUGAUAAGCCACAAGUUGGGUACAUAUAUGAAACAAUGGAUCAAGUAAAAGAGGCAAUUAAAGAGGAAUUUAAAAAGAAGAAAUCCCAGUACUUGCCUUUUUGGCAAGUGAUUGACGAGAUUUGGGACACCCAUCUCCAUAGCCCUAUCCAUGCUGCAGGGUAUUAUUUAAACCCAUGUCUCUUUUAUUCAAGUGAUUUCUUUGGUGAUGCCGAGGUUGCCUUUGGCCUUUUGAGCUCAAUUGUCCGCUUGGUACGUGAUCAAAGAAGUCAAGAUUUGAUCUCCCGACAUCUUGAGGAGUACAGACAUGCUAGAGGUGGUUUUGAAGGGGGGAGUGCCCUUGACCAAAGAACCAACAUCCCUCCAGCCCUUUGGUGGUCUCAUUAUGGAAGACAAUAUCCUGAGCUGCAGAGAUUUGCCAUUCGAAUUUUGAGCCAGAACUGUGAUGGUGCUUCAAGAUACGUACUCAAAAGGAGUUUGGCUGAGAAGCUGCUCACAACUGGAAGGAAUCCAAUUGAGCAACAACGAUUGAAUGAUCUGACAUUUGUGCAUUACAAUUUGCAACUGCAGCUUCAGUCAGGCACGAGGAGGCGUGACAUUGUUGCUGAAGAGAUUGACCCAAUGGAUGAUUGGAUCGUUGAUGAAGCACUGACUCAUCCCAAAACGGUCAAUUUACAUGGAUGAAAUUAGACUUUGCUGAAGGGGCUAUUAUUGGGGAAGGAGUCAAGGACCUUCCAAUAUUCAGGCAAAGAAAGAGCACUGGUAACCGAACACAAAAUAUAUAGUUGGAGAUCAAGGAUAGCAUAGCAACAGAGGUUUCCCAGGAUUAGAGCCAUGACUUUCGAUGCAUGUUUUAGAAUCAAUGUCGGCAUAAAUUACGUGACAGUUUUGUCUCCUUCAUGUGUAUAUUUGAGUUGUAGUUUCGUUCAUGUGCAUUCAAAUGUACUUGUCUUUUUGAACUUACAGCCAUACAAGUUUACAAGAGAUAUUUGGACCCUUCCAGCUCUGUUCAGGUAAUUUGCUCGAAAGAAAAUAAAAUUACAGGCGCAGCCUCUUCAUUUUUUA